UGCUGACUACCCUGACCUGAGGAAGCACAACAACUGCAUGGCUUCGGCCAUGACCCCAAACAUUUACUCACGUCUGAGAGACAGAGCAACACCCAACAACUGGACCCUGGAUCAGUGCAUCCAAACCGGAGUGGACAACCCCGGACACCCCUUCAUUAAGACUGUUGGCAUGGUGGCUGGUGACGAGGAGAGCUACGAGGUGUUUGCUGAGCUCUUUGACCCCGUUAUCAAGGAACGACACAACGGAUAUGAUCCUCGCAUGAUGAAGCAUCCCACUGACCUGGAUGCUUCCAAGAUCUCCUCAGGAUUUCUUGACGAGCGCUACGUCUUGUCAUCUCGUGUGCGUACCGGCCGCAGCAUCCGUGGGCUGAGUCUGCCUCCYGCGUGCACGCGGUCUGAACGCCGCGAGGUGGAGAACGUGGUUGUGACGGCCCUCUCUGGCCUGAAGGGAGACCUGGCUGGUCAAUACUACAGCCUGGGAGAGAUGACUGAGAGGGAACAGCAGCAUCUCAUUGAUGAGCACUUCUUGUUUGAUAAACCGGUGUCACCUCUGCUCACAGCAGCUGGGAUGGCCAGAGAUUGGCCUGAUGCUCGUGGAAUCUGGCACAACAACGACAGGAACUUCCUGAUCUGGGUCAACGAGGAGGACCACACCAGAAUCAUUUCCAUGGAGAAAGGAGGAAACAUGAAGAGAGUGUUUGAACGGUUCUGCAGAGGUCUCAAACAGGUGGAGCAUCUAAUUCAGGAGAGAGGAUGGGAGUUCAUGUGGAACGAGCGGCUGGGUUAUAUCCUCACCUGCCCCUCGAACCUCGGCACGGGGCUCAGAGCCGGUGUGCACAUCCGCCUACCCUUCCUCAACAAGGACCCCCGCUUCAAAAAGAUCCUGGAGAACCUGAGGCUACAGAAGAGAGGCACGGGUGGAGUUGAUACCGCCACUACAGGAGACACCGUUGACAUCUCUAAUCUCGAUCGUCUGGGCAAAUCAGAGGUGGAGCUGGUCCAGUUAGUGAUCGACGGUGUGAACUACCUCAUUGAAUGUGAGAAGAGGUUGGAGAAGGGGCAGGACAUUAAGAUCCCGUCCCCAAUCCCUCCGUUCAGGAAGUGAAYUUCUCCUCCACUGGGGACCAUGAAGUAGAAGAGUUGCUGCAGUGGCUGGAUGUCUAACUGUUGGCCCUACAAUAUUUAUAUACACAUGCACGGUCCUGACCGACAUGCAUGUUUAGGUCAUUACAUGUACAUGAAUUCAAAACAAAUAAAACAAAUGAACUAA